AUGGGUAUACAAGGUGUUAAUGCUAAUCAAACAACAUCAAAUAAUACAAUGGAAGUAUUUCGUUGUUUGGGAAUUGAAGCAGCACGAACAACAAUUAUUAAUGAAAUUGUUUAUACAAUGGCAUCACAUGGUAUUGGACUUGAUGUUAGACAUGUUAUGCUUUUAGCGGAUUUAAUGACUUAUAAAAUAAAAUUAGAUUCAAAUAUUGAAAAAGAUUAA